UGGUUGACAUCCGCUGCUGCUGGUGGUUUCGAUUACUUUCAGUGCGAGCGUGAUUUCCAUCAACCGCGGUGCUAAUAAUGGCAGUUCGUAGAGCUCGCCCGUUCUAACGACAUGUAAGAUGGAGGCAGUAAGUGUAAAUUCAAAUACCAAGACCGGGAGAUAGAGACAUGCGGCUUCCUCGAAAAGGAUAGUCCCUCCUGGGCCGCCUUCCACAUCGCGUUCUUCCUUAGCUCGUUCGUGGUCCCGCUCAUACUGAUCAGCGUCCUGUACAUGUGGAUGUUGUCCCGGCUGUGGCGAAGUUCGGUCGGCGGUCGUUCGGCCGAAUCGAAGAAUGGCAAAAAGCGCGUUACCCGGCUGGUGGUGAUUGUGGUGGCAGCGUUUGCUUCAUUAUGGUUUCCCAUACAGGUCAUCUUGGUCCUAAAGAGUGUGGACGUCUUUAAACCAGACACGCAUUUUAAAAUUUCACUACAAAUCGUCUCGCACGUGCUGGCAUACACGAGCUCCUGUAUAAACCCGCUGCUGUACGCGUUCCUGUCCGAAAACUUUCGGAAAGCAUUCCGUAAGAUUGAUUACUGUGGACCGGGGAGCCGUCGCCAAGGCAGCCAGCGACAUAUGCCACUGCCAACGAAAACGACGCGAACCGGCAGCUGUCCAGACAUUUUAUAACCGGAAACAAUGGAGGAAACGUCCGUCACCUUCGUUUAAUACACUCUUUGUUUUCGCACAGUGCAGCCCAGAGUCUCCUUUUUAUCCUGUCCUCGACAGAUCAUCAGCACAGCGGCACAAGCUUCUACAAAACGGUAAGCUUCUAUGGGUUUUGGCUCAUUUCUGGGAACACAAUAUGUUUGUUUGUUGCUAUAGUGUUGGAUUGGUAUCAGCAUCAAGUGUGUAAAUAGAGGAGCUUUAAAUAACGUUUUAAGCCUGAAACAUUAAAGGAAAUUUGACUUCAAUUAAUGUUGCGUCCGUAAAUACAGAACAUCAAACAGAACGUAUAAUUAAUAGCAAGAAUUCGGCGCAUAUCGUUAGCUAUACGAACAAACAAAAACAAAGAUUCCUUCCGAAGUUCUGAGCUACACAAAACUGUUUGAUCAGCCUAAUAGAAAGAUGAAAUAGAAUUACUACAAGCUCAAUCUUCCAACAUUUGCAGAGCUGUUGAAGCAUAAAUGAAUUACACGUAAAGUAAGUUGAACGACUGGAAUCCAAUAAAUCAUCCAACAAAGCAGUUCUAUUUUAGCAACUUAAACCUUUCCACCGCUAUCGACCGGGGAAAAACACAACAGAAAAACAGAUUGGCUGUGAGGGUGAGUUAUGGUUAGGAUCAAAAUUAGGAUAGGGCCGCAGGAAAAUGAAACGAACCCACUUUUCAAACCAAACACGAAAGCUCAUUAUCAACUCGCCUCGAAAAACCAUUAAUCGGAUUUGGUCUAACACGAUCCAACCCACGGUUUACAAUUAAGUGUGAGAGUGUUUUUUCUUCUCUCCUGUUGUUGGCAUAGUAUUGAGGUUUUCCUUCCAGGAAAUUGUAUAUACUUUGGAUGUGGCUAAAAUUUAUCUAAACCAUUGGGAUUGUAUUCAUUUUGGUUACGUCUUAAAUGAAGAAAGUUUGAAGAAAUCUAGUCCACCCACUUACUAACUAGUACGGACGAUAUGCAAGGGAAAAGUGGUGAGGGUUUCAGUCCAGGACAGGUAUCUAUUGUACAGUACGCGUAGCAGCCACACCCAUGUCCAAGGCUUGAAGUUAUCUGUUUGUGAUCUUUCAUUCCACCUUCCGUAUGACAAAGCCCUACUGGGAACGCACUGAUCCACACCAUACAAAUCUUGCUAAGUUGAACAAAUUUUGCUGAAUUUUGUUGAAUUUCUUUCAGCCGUACUCUGGGGUCAUUCCCAUGGGUGAUGGAAUUUGAGGUUGGGUUGGUAAAGAUUAGAAAUGUUUUCGCUGGUUUGCUCGACCCGGGUUGCGUGAGACGGCAAAUAAGUAAUCGGCAAAAUUAAAUAAACUCCCUAUGGUUAGGCGUUGGAAGCACGGUAGGUCCAUUCCUUUGGGUGGUGAAUUAACUGGUGAAUACUUGAGGAUGUGUAAGACUAAGUACAGAACAAGUAAAUACAACUAUUUCAUGGUUAAUGUUUAAUGGGGAUUUAAGGCUUGUGUGAUAUCUCAGCGGAUAUUCCUAACGCAAUGUACUGAACACGGUAAAUCCUGUACGCACAACUUUUAUUGGUUGCGACUUAACUCCUUCGCGUUUUUCAUCAGACUGACCCACUCCACUCGGUCACAAAAUAAAUUUCAUAAUUCCUCUCUUCUCUCACUCUCUCCUUAUCUCUUCAUUCCCUCUCUGUUCCCCCUUAACGUGGUCCGGCAAACAGCAGCAACUCGCUUGCCUCGCUUCUCUGGUCCGUCCGACCACACAAGCCGCCCGCUUGCAUUCUACGGUGGGUUUCGCGGAAUUCUGGCCGGUGUCGAUGAGAUCGAACAACAAUUGCGGGUGCCGCCGUUCCAGACAAUUGUCGCCAAACCAGAUGCCACUCGAACAGCCUUCCGCUCGCUCCUCACCCCGCACCUCUCUCUCCUUCCUCAGCCCACCUUUCUCGCCCGUUCCUUAGACCGCGCAUCUCGCUCGUUCCAUCGAAAUGGAACAGCUUGUUUACUGUUGCUUUUCUUUGUGAUUUGUUGCUAUCAGGUGGCUGCUAGAGAUAGUUGAAUAUUACUUGAGAGUUUUUUUGAACUAUUUUUGUUAUUGCGAAUUCGUAACAUUGUAAAACAUUUAAUGAUAUCUUAAAUAUCAUCGAAUGAAGCAAAUGACAGAGCACUUUUGAUAAGCAAGACAAAUUUGAUACAAUGUAUCAAGUCAAGCUGGUAAGCUACCCGCGGGCAUUGCGCUUGAAUGCAACAGCUUAAUGCACAAUGCAUUUAGUGACACAAGACAAAUGACACAGCACUUUCUACUGUCACAGCGCUUUGUGAAACUUAAUUGAACUGGUGCACAGGCUGGACUGUCCUUUAAUCAAAAGCAUUUUCUCAUUUCCGGUCAUCAGCUGGUCCACCGGAGCUGGCGGGAACAUUUAGUUCCUGGAAUAAAAUGAAGGUUACACGGGAGCAGAUAAAGCAACUUAAAACUAAUAGAAAAUGAACUAUGGAAGAAAAGGAUAAAGUAGAAAAUCAUUUUUUCUUGUUUUCUCAUCACCGGCUCAUCCCCGCCGGCAGUAAAUGGUCGAAUAGCCAAUAAGGUGGUUUAGUGCACUUUAGGGAGGAAACAGAAUACUGUUUGCAAGGAGAUUGCCACUGGUUUUUCCAGAGAUUCGUUUAAAAAAGAGUUUUGUGAAAAAGGGCCUUACAGCCAUCUACUACCAUCUAUCAUUCAGCAUUCAUUAAGCAUGCCGACAAAAUGAAUGUUACGAACCGAGCCUAACAAUGAAAGUGAAGGUAAAAUAGGUUCAAAAAUGUAAAAUGCUGGUCUGAAAUAGAUGUUGACCUUUUUGCAAAUUUUAUUGUUUGUUCAAAUUGGUUUUGAGAGUGCAAGUCAUACAUUCAUAGAUCGCCAGCAUUCCUGGUGCUAAUUUAUGUUUUUGCUUGAUAUUUCAUGAAAAAGGUUCAUUGCGUGUAUCAAAUACAUAUCCGAGGCAGGUUUUGUAUCGACACGAUACAACCAUAAUUCUUCGGACUUCGAUUGCUUCAAUGGGAAAUGUGUGAGUGUGAAAUGAAAUUGCACAUUUUGUUCCACGAGAAGCAUCUUCAUGAAAAUAUUGCUUGCAUUGUAUUUUUAUUAUUGGCGAAAUAUUGCUUUAUCAAUCCACAUAAAUCUCCAGGUAAUGUCUGUUGUAUCGUGAGUUUUAUAUCGAUUGCAACGGAGAGAGCUAUACGUUUUAUUUGGAACAGGCUGUUGGGUGCGGUUUAAACGGUGUUUUUGGAUUUUUCUCAAAAAGGUGUGUGAAGCAAGCUACGAUAAUUUCUUUUGAUUUUAUACGUAAGCGUUGUAACGUUUUAUGGAUUUUUUUUGCUUGUAAAAUUUCUAGUAGAAAUUAGAAGAGAAAGUCAAUGCUAACAAUCAACUUUGCACAUAACUUUUCACAGUUAUUUUAAAUAAAGGUAGUUGUAAAAUUAAGGCAUAACAAGGGACUUAUAGACAUUCGUUCAUACACAUUCGCAAUAGUCAUUAUCGUAGCUCUUGAAAUUCAAUUGGAUUUUUAGCCUAGUACUGCUGUGAACCAGUGUACUUGAUGGCAGGAUAAAGUUUUACUUACACAAACGCACGACUCGUUUCAUUCAAGGCUAGCAUUUUAUCUAUUACGGCAAGAGCAAUUUCACGCUUUCACAAGCAGAAGCGUAGACUUGAGAAAUGCUGCGAACUUUCAACUAUCACUCAACCAUAGUCAAAAAAGUGUUUCCGGUGAUUUGUAAAGCCGAGUAGAGCAAAAUCAUCCUACUUCCUGCUUCACUUUUUAUCAAAAAUGUCAAGAAACUUCAAAGAAAUUGCGUAAAAAUGGAAUUCGCCCCAAAAAAAGCACAUCGUGCAGACAGUUUUCGUCGACAGUUUCCUCGUUUUUAAAACAUUUUUCGCAUUUUCCAUGUUGUAUUUUUUAUACAAUAAUAUUUUCCAAUGAUGUGUGGUUCCUGGUUCUUAUUUUUGACAGUUUUUCGUUAGGAGUUUUACUGCCUGCCCUCUGUGACGAGAGUAUCAGAGCGUCGACCCUCAUAAACAUGAAAAACUAAAACGAAAAAUUUGUGACCAAGCGGAAGUGGAUAAAAGUUUAUAGCAAAAUAAAAUAAAGACAAACCGACGCAAGGAGCAGGCAGAAGCAAGGUACAUUUCAGUUCCGGAACUUUGAGCAUGCAAUAUACCGUUGCUCAGGUUUCCAUUAACUGUACUAGAACGCACGCUACCAGGAUGUAGCCUGCGGGAUGCAGGGUAGGUCGUCGGAAUGCCUAGAGUGACGGACGUACGGAACGGUAAAGUGAAGAAAGCGUACGAGUAAUAAAAAGAAGACUGGAUGCCAUUUUCCCUUCCCGUAUUGAUUGACCCUGUUCUUUCUUCGGUUUGGUUUCGGGGCACGGGACUCUUCUGACGUUCAGCUGGUCGACUGGUGAGUUCCAUUUCCGGCUUAGAUUAAUAUGGAUGGAUAACCGUUUCGAGAUGAGAGCAAGAUUACUGACUACAUGGCACGUAAGUGAAAUUGUGUGUUCCUUUAUCGAAGUUUAUGAACUGGCGUUGCCGGCCAGAAACGAAGCUCGGUCCAAUUUCGGUCCGUGAUCUGGUUACGCAUUUGCUACUUCGGUCUAUGGGGCUAAGUAAAUAUGCAUUCGUGCUCGAUAGAUAGGAAGCUCCAUCUGCCAUAACGCUACGCUGCGUAAGGUUUUUAUUUUGCGAACAAAUGAAUUGCACACUCCAUGCAGGAACAACAACGACGUUGAUUAAAUGGUAGAAGAAAAAAGAAAUCUUUUUAUGUAUUUUUGUUUUCAACCAACUAUUUGGUGUAUUUUUAGUGUUGACAGCGUUUUGGCUAACAGCGAUUUUCUCCUGGUAUUUUAUAACGAUAUCACUGGAAAAUUGAAAAGUACAUUAGGUCAGAAAGUUUAACCAUGGAUCCACUGCAUUCGUUCAUUACUGGCAUAUGUGUGGAAAACUAUCCCCCGUGGUGCACAUUAAACUUCCAUCAUAAGGCAAACACUCUCACACUGGCAAAGAGCGGAAAAGCACACUCGUACCUAGAUCCUGAUGGAUCACCAGACGAAGUUGAAAGUUUUCAAUGCAUUUCGAGUUGUGUUAUGAAAGAGUUUUUGUGUUUAUUUCUUUUUAGUUCAGACGAUACCGUUAUGUGAAGUAAUACCUUCAAUCAUUCUAUACCGUAUCAAGUGUGGAGCAAAAUAAAGUAAAUGCUUUAUGCCUGGUUCUACGUGUAUUUCAUAAAAGGGACUCGCCUAAUUGAAUCAACAGAAACUUGUCGUCAAAUGAAACGUUCCUCAUUGUGAAAGUUGAAUAUAAAGCAACAACCGGACGGUAAAAGUUAUUACUUUAUUUUCGCUUGCCUGCAAACUCAUGCCUUCUGCAUCCACUUGCAUCCGACGAACUCAACCGGCAAUACAAAGAGUAAUGGUCAAUGUUUUCUCAGAUACAAUAUCAAACCAGCUGUACAGUGUGCUUUGUUCUCUGUUGGUAAAUGUGUCACUGGUAUUUGCUUACACUAUAACUAUGCCAACAAGAUUCAUCCCUCGAGGGAAAAACGAACAAAAGGACAGAAAACAAUGUAAAAAUCAGUAAAGUUUCUGUAAAAUUGAAACAAUCACAAUUAUACAUUGAAAACAACUGAUAGUUGUUUUGAGUGAAUUUAUAACGUUGAUUGCUGCAUUGGUAGAAUGCAAUUUUUAAUAAGUACGAGAUGAUUUCAGUAACAAAAGAUCAACGUUUCCUGCUUUUUUUUCAAACAGAAAGUAUCAGAUAGUUGAUCAGACUUGCAUUUGCAUUUUAUUUAAAAUUACAAUAAUGUGUAAUAAUCAUAGCGUUGUAAGAGCAUCAUUUUUUAAAUUAAUCUAGCUGAAUGCUCUUCAUGCCAUUGUUUAUGUUGCAAGUAAAGAAUAUACCAUAAAAGUUCAGUAAUUUGAUGCUGGUCGUCCAUCCCAAAUCAACAAAGUAACAUUCCCUUGGGCGUUAUAAGUAGCAAAAAGUUUAUCGUUAGCUUUCAUCGCAAUGUUACGACAGCAGCACAACGUAAUGGAGGUUGGCUGUACCGACAUAAUUUGCAUGUAGAAUGAGUUUUUGUGUUUAGGGAUUUGAACCGGUCGGUGCAGCUAGAGGUUAAAGUUAAGUAAACAAAAGCGAUAAUUGGUUUGUGAAAGUUUAAAUUUUGACACAAAUAUAACAUUGAACGAAAAUUGUAAUUAAGUAUUUUUGCGAGUGUUUAUUCAUACUAUUCCUGUCCAUAACAGGGAAUAGUACAUUGAACAUGUGCAUUCGUACAAUAAAUGCUGAAAUAUAAUUAAC